UAAUUAUUUCAUUAAAUUGAUAAGGCGAUUGUUUCUUUCAUAGUGAAGUGAAAUGCUGACGCGUAAAGAAUGGAAUUCGUGUGGAUUUUGUUUGUUUGUUUAGUGUUCUACCAAGUUGAUUGUACAAGUAUUUUGUGUGAAGAGGGAUUUUGUAGAAAUCACAGGUUCAAAGAAGGAUGCUCCACACCGGCGCACGAAUGCCGGAUAAACAACGCAACCCAUACGGGCUUGUGGCUGCCCUCUCCCACCAUUUGCAACUGUUGUGAAUACUGCUUGCCAUUUUAUGGUAAAGAGUCUCACUGCAGCGCAGGCGGUCCGGGCACGGGAGUCACUGUUGGUAGAUGUGGCCACGGUUUGACAUGUGACCCACAGCAACUCACAUGUGUAAGAAUGAGUUCAAAAUGUCACACCGCACAAGAUGAGUACGACGCGAGACACUUGCGAGGUGAGACGGGUGCGCUAGAACAGCGCCCUCUCUGCGACGGCAAGGGGAACUACGCUGCAUUUCAUUGUGUACCUGCUCACACCUGCUUCUGUCAAUCUGAAGAUGGCGAGAGAAUUUUCGGCGAAAGACUUAAUUUGGGCGCAACUACCAUGCAAAACAUGCAUUGUGGUUGUUCCCGUUUCAAUUAUAAAAUAAGGAAAUCAAUAUCGCCCGGCGUACGGUUCCCUGUUGUCGGUCCGAGGUGUACCGCUGAUGGAAACUUUCAUCCCGUGCAGUGCAUCGGCAGGACUUGCUACUGCGUUAACAGAAUCACUGGAAAAAUACGUGACGAAAAAUCUAUCAAUUUAAAUCAGGACCCAAUAUCUAAACUACCUUGUUACAAUGCAGAGUUAGAUUUGUUUCCGAAUCAAAGUGAGGGAAAACCACCAUACAACUACACAACUCCUUGUUACGAACAUAUGCAAGCGAAGAUAGAUAUCAUCAAACAAGCUGAGGAAAAUGGUUUUAUUACUGAUUUCUUUACAACAGUAUCAGAAUGUAUGCCAGACGGGACAUAUGGAAGAGUAUUGAAGACUACGAAUGGAACUAAAAUAUGCGUCGACGAUCGUGGACACAAGAUAGAAGGUUAUGAAGCCGAACCAAAUACUGAAAAUUACGAAAAUAUGGAUUGCAAAUGUGCGAAAACAUCAUUUCUUAUGGCACAAUCAAACGAAAGGCCGAUUUGUUGCAAGAACGGCAACUUCAGGAAGAUUCAAUGCCGACGUGGUCAGUGCCGCUGCGUCGAUUCUGAUGGUCGGCAGAUUGGCAGAGAAUCAGCAGACGUCACCACUUUGAGUUGUUAUAAUCCCGAUUGGAAGCGAUGUUAAAAAGCUAUGAUCU